CCCAGUGCAGGCACCGACUGUUUGCGUCUGCGCCGCCGCUGCCGUAGCCACAGAUGGGUCGCGACACACGCUCACGCUCGCGGUCGGCGGGUCGCAGGGGCCGAAGGCGGCGGAGUCAGAGUGGCAGUCGCAGUCGGAGCAGAAGUCGGAGCGGCAGCCAUGGGCGGCGAAGCCGGCGGCGCCGGGAAGACGAGGGGCGGCACCGGCGGAGGCGGCGGAGCCGGGAGCGCAGGUCGGAUUCGGAGGAAGACCGGCGGCAGCGGCCCAGGAGGCGAAGUCAGAGCCCCCCACCCCGAUGGCGCUCCCGGGACCAGUCCUCGCAGUCUGAUUCUGGGGAGGAGCAGGCACGGGGCUGGGCCCACCACGGGCGCAGGCGUUCCUGGUCGCGGGGCUCCUCAGCGUCCAGCACAGUGUCCCCAGGAUUCAGGCAGAGCCCUGGGGCAGCGGCGGCAGCCCUGAGCCAGCAGCAGAGCCUGCAGGAGCGGCUGCGGCGGCGUGAGGAGCGGCGACAGCAGGAGGAGCUGCUCAAGGCCUUCGAGACACCUGAGGAGAAGCGUGCUCGGCGGCUGGCCAAGAAGGAGGCCAAGGAGCGCAAGAAGCGGGAGAAGAUGGGCUGGGGCGAAGAGUACAUGGGCUACACCAACACUGACAACCCCUUCGGUGACAACAACCUGUUGGGCACCUUUAUCUGGAACAAGGCCCUGGAGAAGAAAGGGAUCAGCCACUUGGAGGAGAAGGAGCUGAAGGAGCGCAACAAGAGGAUCCAGGAGGACAAUCGGCUGGAGCUGCAGAAGGUGAAGCAGCUGAGGCUGGAGCGCGAGCGGGAGAAGGCUAUGCGCGAGCAGGAGCUGGAGAUGCUACAGCGGGAGAAGGAGGCAGAGCACUUCAAGACGUGGGAGGAACAGGAGGACAACUUCCACCUGCAGCAGGCCAAGCUGCGCUCCAAGAUCCGCAUCCGGGAUGGGCGAGCCAAGCCUAUUGACCUGCUGGCCAAGUACAUCAGUGCCGAGGACGACGACCUGGCCGUGGAGAUGCACGAGCCCUACACCUUCCUCAAUGGCCUUACUGUGGCUGAUAUGGAGGACCUACUGGAGGACAUUCAGGUGUACAUGGAGCUGGAGCAGGGCAAGAAUGUGGACUUCUGGCGGGACAUGACCAUCAUCACUGAGGACGAGAUCGCCAAACUCCGCAAGCUGGAGGCCUCGGGCAAGGGGCCAGGUGAGCACCGAGAGGGAGUCAACGCGUCAGUCAGCUCAGACGUGCAGUCAGUGUUCAAGGGCAAGACGUACAACCAGCUGCAGGUCAUCUUCCAGGGCAUUGAGGGCAAGAUCCGGGCCGGCGGCCCCAACCUAGACAUGGGCUACUGGGAGAGCCUGCUGCAGCAACUGCGCGCACACAUGGCCCGGGCCAGGCUGCGCGAGCGCCACCAGGACGUGUUGCGGCAGAAGCUGUACAAACUGAAGCAGGAGCAGGGUGUGGAGAGCGAGCCGCUGUUCCCCAUCCUCAAGCAGGAGCCUGCGUCCCCGGGCCACAGCCUGGAGCCCGAGGAACCAGUUCCCCUGCCAGCCCCCUCAAUGGAGGGAGGUCCUGUGGAGCCUGAGGCAGACGGGACUGCAGCAGGUGAGGGAGAGGGUGAUGGUGACGGUGAGGCAGUGCUCAUGGAGGAGGACCUGAUCCAGCAGAGCCUGGACGACUAUGAUGCCGGCCGCUAUAGCCCACGGCUGCUUACCGCGCACGAGCUGCCACUGGACGUGCACGUGCUGGAGCCCGACGAGGACCUGCAGCGCCUGCAGCUGUCACGCCAGCAGCUCCAGGUCACAGGCGACGCGAGUGAGAGUGCAGAAGACAUCUUCUUCCGGCGGGCGAAGGAGGGCAUGGGCCAGGACGAGGCGCAGUUCAGCGUGGAGAUGCCUCUGACUGGCAAGGCCUACCUGUGGGCCGACAAGUACCGGCCACGCAAGCCACGCUUCUUCAACCGCGUGCACACAGGCUUCGAGUGGAACAAGUACAACCAGACGCACUACGACUUUGACAACCCACCCCCCAAGAUCGUGCAGGGCUACAAGUUCAACAUCUUCUACCCCGACCUCAUCGACAAGCGCUCCACGCCUGAGUACUUCCUGGAAGCCUGCGCGGACAACAAGGACUUCGCCAUCCUGCGUUUCCAUGCUGGGCCACCCUACGAGGACAUCGCCUUCAAGAUCGUCAACCGCGAGUGGGAAUACUCGCACCGCCAUGGCUUCCGUUGCCAGUUUGCCAACGGCAUCUUCCAGCUCUGGUUUCACUUCAAACGCUACCGCUACCGCCGGUGACCCUGACAAGAAGGCUGGCUCACCACUGCCCCAGGGCCACCACCUGGGCCCAGCUGGAGGGAGCACUGCCUGUGUGCAUGUCCACCUCAGGCUGGGUCUUCCCCAAAUAGCCUCAGUUUCCUCUGCGUGAACCUGCCUCAGAUUGCUGAGGGACCUCAGGCCCAGGACAGUGUCACAGGCUCUGCAGUGGCAUCAGAGUUCAGUCCCUUCCUGAGGGCUGGCCUUGCUCCCAGGGCCAGUGGAACCUGACACUUUGCUCAUGUGUGUUCCAGAAGACACCACUAGGGACCACGGGGUCUGCUGCCAAGAGCCCCCAAUUCGCCUGCCAUUGCCCCCACCUCAAGGACAUGGGUGGGAGUGUGGUAGGGUCCUCUCAGGGCACCCCCACCUAGCUUGCCUCCAGAGCCUCUGGUGAGUUCCAGCCACAGGGUGAUGAUGGCACUGCUGUCGGCCCCACAGCUUCUUCCUUGGAGGGGGAAGGUGGAGGGUGUGGAGGGUCCCAUGCCCAGCUCAGCACCAGGCCACAGCAGGCUCCUCCUGUUACGGCUUGUGGUCUCCUGAAGGCCUCCCCCAGUUACUGGCCCAGAUGCAGCCCUCCCGCCAUGCCCUUUGAUCUGAAGAGACUGUGUCUUGAGAAAGACUUUUUUUUAGAUGGGAAAAAAAUCUUGUUGUAUUUUCAUUGAGUCUGCUUGGGAGACAUGUGUUUCUAAUAAGAGUUCAUUCUAAAAUUGUCAUAGGUUUUCAGGAAUGCUGUGAAGACAGCACUGCAC